GUGCUGAUGCAGGGCGUGUCCACCCCGUUCCUGCUUGUGGUCGCGUUCGGUCUCUUGGUGAGCAUCUUGGGCCCAACGGUGUUGCUCGUUCUCAUCACGAUCGCAAUGGCGGUAUUUGUUCUGGUUCGGCUUGCGAAAGUUCAAGGCCUGUCUUUCCGCGGGAAGAUGGGGUUUCUCGGCAAGCGGCUCUCCGUCCUGAACGAGAUGCUGCAGUCCGUGCGGUUCACGAAGUACUACGUCCUGGAGGACCACUACGAGAACGAGAUGAUGAAGCUGAGGGAGAUGGAGGAGAAGCAGCUGGCGCUGAUGAAG